AUGGCACAGUCACAGCCACCCUCCCUGCCCGCGGCCUAUCGUCACCUCGACCCCGUCUACAAGGACGUCGACGCCAAGCAGGCCCUCCUCGGCGGUGGCGUCGCGAUCCAGGAGUGGGAUAAGACGUACCAGUGGAGCUUCCUGCACCACGUCCUCCGCGUGCCAGGCAUGCAGCGGGUGUUUCCCCGGCCUUCAGUGCUGCCUGACAACAAUGGCGAGCCCCGCACGAUCUCGGGCUUCCUGUACAUGCACGCCGACCUCGAAUGCUCCGUUGCGAAGCGCAACAACUGGCCAACGCUCGUAUCCUACGUCGACCAGAACCCCAAGACGGGCCUCUGGCAGCUGUCACCGUGUCUCUGGUGCCGUCUCGAAGCAACCCACUGCCCUUGUCCCAUUCAGCACAUGCCAGUGCAGGUCGGAGCCGGUCUGGGCCAGGAUCUCCUCAUCCACAUCAAAGACAUUCCUGCGCUGGCCAAGCGGACGCCGAAGCAGCAGCCCAAGAAGAAGCCCGCACUCGCGCACAAUACCCGCAGAAGAAAGCGCCGCCGCUCGGCUUCCGUCUCGUCGGCCGGCUCGUCUGUCGUCGAGGUCGAGGCCCCAGACCCCCUCGCCGCCGUCAGGGUCAAGGUGCAGCGGCUCGAGACUGUGCUCGCGUCUCUGCACGGCAGGAUCGACUGUGCCAACACCGCUAAUGACGCGCUCAAGAAGGACAACGCGGACCUCAAGAAGAAGGUCAAAGACGUCACGACGGAGAACGACGUGCUCCGCGGCAUGGUGAAGAAGACGGGCGAUGAGCACGCCGAGCUCAAGGACUCGGUGAUCAAGAUUGCCAACGCCACCACGAUGCUUGGGGGCUCGAUGCGGAAGAAUACCGAUGACAUUGGCGCCAUCCAGGCGACAUUGCAGAAGGCUAUGCAAGACAUCGGCGUGCUCAACGCCACCAUGCAGAAGGCCGGCGCUCCGCCACAGCCCGACCCGAGCAUGUCGUUCAGGCUUCAGAGCCUCGAGGAGAAGGUGCACGGCCUGGUGAAUGAGCGGACGGCGAUGCAGGGUUAA